AUGGCAACGACGAAGCUGAGACAGCGCACGCAGCUCCGGCUGUCCGUGCUGCCGCCGGCGUUUCCACCGCCGUUCAUGUACCAGGAGCACCCGUUCGGCGGCCUGCCGUCCUGGCCGCCCGGCUCGCCCGACCCCGUCGUCGACAGCCUCGCGGAGCUCGAGAGGGUGGGCGUCCUCGGCCACGGCGCGGACGGUACGGUCUACAAGGCGCGGCACCGCCGCUCGGGCGCGGAGCUCGUGGUCAAGUCGCUGCGCGUGCGCGCCGACGGCGGCGCCGCGCUCCGGGAAGCCGACGUGCACCUCCGCGUGGCCGCCGCGGCGCCCGACCACCCGCACGUCGUCCGCCUCCACGGGGUCUUCCCCGGGAACCCGGCCUCCUGCAGCGAUCAGCCGCUCCUGCGCCUGGUCCUCGAGUACGUUCCUGGCGGCUCGCUCGGCGACGUGCUCCGGCGGUGCGGCCGCCUCCCGGAGGACGCCAUCGCGGGCGUGGCGCGGCACGUGCUCUGCGGCCUGCGCCACCUGCACCGCCUCGGCAUCGUCCACGGCGACGUCAAGCCGUCGAACCUCCUCGUCGGCCGCCAGGGCGAGGUCAAGAUCGCCGACUUCGGUGCCAGCCGCCACGUCCCCAGCGCCGGCGGUGCGCACCGACUGGCCGGGGCCGAGGGGACGUGCGCGUACAUGAGCCCGGAGAGGCUGGACCCGGAAAGUUUCGGCGCGGCCUCGCCGUCGGGCGCCGCCGACCUCUCCAGCGACGUGUGGUCCCUUGGAGUGGUCCUCUUAGAAUGCCACAUGGGUAGGUUCCCGCUGGUGGCGGUUGGGGAGAGGCCGGAGUGGGCGGCUCUGGUGGUGACCGUGUGCUUCGGGAGCGCGCCGGAGGUGCCUGUGACGGCAUCGUCGGAGUUCAGGGGCUUCGUGCGGCGGUGCCUGGAGAAAGACUGGCGGAGAAGGGCCACAGUGGACGAACUUCUCGGUCACCCCUUCGUCGCGGGGGUGCCACCAUGUUGCGCCACCACCACCACCAACGAGUGGCUCACCAACUUCGAUGACGAACUGAUGACAGUCGAACGCAAAGAACACACCUAAUAAGCUAAUACAGAACUCAACGAACGUGGCAAUGACGAAAAUAAAGUCCUAAUGGUGAUCAACGGCCUCGUGAAGGAAGAUGCAAAUCCAACUGAACAUGAGGCCGGCCAAGCGAACUUGAUCAGGUUUGGGAGCAUAAUUCAGAGGUGUCUGACAACUCCCACGGUAGAGCUGGUGAUUAGCUGCAGGCUGCAGUUGCUUUGUGAGGCAAAAAACGACCAGCUUCAUGAUCCGUGGUGUCUGGUAAACACGCAGUGGUUUGCAAGCAGAUUUGGGCGAAUCGUCAUGAAUGCUAGCUGCGAGCUGCUCGAGGGAAUAAUGGCUUGGCUUUGGCUAUUCCGGCCAAUGUUGAGCUCCAAGCCUCCAAUGGUUGUUUGCGGUGUCAUACUGUCAUUGACAGAUCUCAGUUUUAGAAAUAUAUUCCUUCCGUUUUUAAUGCACGUCAUAAACGGAGGGAGUACCAUCACACAAUCUUGUACUACGAUUUUAUCAACGCCUGUUCAUGCACUUUUCAAU